AUGAAUGAAGACGCUAAUACACCUAUACCCACCUUUUACUCCCAUCAAAGUAUUUUCAUUACUGGUGGCACAGGUUAUUUGGGUAAAGCAUUAUGUGAAAAAUUACUUAGAUGUUGUCCAGAUAUUAAAGAAAUAUUUUUACUGAUACGACCAAAAACAGGACUCACCGUCAACGACAGGUUAAAGAAAAUGUUGAAUAACAAGCUUUUUGAUUUAUUACGGCGCGAGCGGCCAAACAGUUUUGAGAAAAUUAUUCCGAUAAGCGGAGACGUGAGUAGGGAGGAUUUAGGAUUAUUGCCAGAAGACAGGAAAAUGUUAAGUGAAAAAGUGUCGAUAAUAUUCCACGUAGCGGCUUCUGUCCGCUUUGACGAGAGUCUUAAAGAUGCGAUUUUCACAAACUUACGGUCAACGCGUGACGUUUGUAUUUUGGCCCAAUCUAUGAAAAAUAUAAUGGCUCUAGUUUACGUAAGCUCGGCAUUUACACAGUGUGAUAAACCCGUCGUAGACGAGGUUUUUUAUCCUUUGGAAAACGUCGAUUGGAAGAAGACGAUCCACAUUGCUGAGAAAAUUGACAACGAAAUUUUAAAAGUUUUUACCGCGAAAUAUAUACAUCCCAUGCCCAAUACGUACGUCUUUACAAAGCGACUAGCAGAAAAUGUUAUAAACGAUUUUUCUGAAUCGUUGCCUUGCGUUAUUAUUAGACCUUCAAUUGUAAUACCAUCAAUUAGCGAUCCAAUACCAGGUUGGAUAGAUAAUUUUAAUGGCCCAAUGAGCUUAGUAAUCGGUAAUGCAACCGGUAUUAUGCGCGUUGCUUAUUGGGACUCUUCUGUGGUACCAGAUUGGGUACCAAUCGAUGUUGUAACAAAAUCAACGAUAAUCGCUGGUUGGAGACGGGGAAUGAGAAACAUCGCUGAGGAUACGAGCAUUCAUAUUUACAACUGCUGUACCAAGGACAUACUGAACGUGAGUCUACGCAAAUUAAUACGCGUAGGGUCUCGUGUCGCUUAUGAUAUUCCUUUUGAGAGGAUUAUUUGGAAACCGAAUAUGAUUGGGAUAAAACAUUAUUCUUUAUUUUACAUACUNGUAGUGAUACUACAUAUUGUGCCGGCAGUUCUAGUAGAUACUAUUCUGAGAAUAGUCCAUUUACCUCCGAUGUUAGUAAACCUGCAAAGAAAAAUAUUCGUAUCACUUCUCGCGUUGUUUUUCUUUGCAACAAACUCGUGGCAGUUCAAUAACUCAAAAUUUAUAAGCUUGUUUGAGACCUUAAGCGCUAACGAUAAACUUGAUUUUGGAUAUAAAGACUUGAUGGAUUUCAAUAUCGANGACUAUAUUAGAAAUGCACUUAUUGGCUGUAAACUCUACUUGCUUAAUGAAAACAUGAGUCGCUUGGAACAAGCGAGACGUCAUUGUAAAAGGAUGGACUGGCUCAAUGAAAUAACCAAGAUAUUGUUUGUGAUUAUGCUAUUGUAUAUUUUCUACACACUUUUCUUGUAAAAUACAUUAUAUUGUAUAUCAAGAAUUAUGUGUGAUUUCGCUUUAAAAUCAGUAAUUUUUGUAAAGUUCACGAACAAGAAAUACAUUUUCAACAGUAUAUUUAUAUUUAGCUGUACAACUGGAUUUAACUAUUGCAUUAAAAUGAUUUCCCAUAACGCAACAGUUUUGUCGAAAUAAAAUUUUGUAAAUACUGUUUGUCAAAAAUUGUAAAAAAAUCGUUAUGCAUUUUCAUAAGCAUAUACAUAUGUAUAAUUUUGUGCAAUGCAUUUUUAGAAGUGUAUACGUUUAUAAAAUU